CAUCAGGGCACUGAUGAUCAGUGGCCUGAUGAUCGGUGCCCAGCAGUACCACCCACGAGUUCUGCCCACCUGUGCCCAGCAGUGCCACCUACCUGUGCCCAGCAGUGCCACCCACCUGUGCCCACCAGUGCCACCCACCAGUGCCACCCACCAGUGCCCAUCAAUGCAGUGCUGCCAGUCAGUGCCACCAUCAGUGCCAAGCAGUUGCACCAGUCAAUGCCUAGCAGUGCCGCCAGUCACUGCCCAGCAGUGCUGCCAGUCAGUGCCACCUAUCAGUGCUGUCUACAAGUACCCAUCAUCAGUGCCACCUACCAGUGCCACCUAUCAGUGCCGCCUAUCCGUGACGCCUCAUUAGUG